AUGCCAGAACCAAAACUAACCCCCUUCACAACCGUUUUCCGUGCCGACGAAACCCACCGGAUAAGGCGCAACCGCUCUGCCGUCUCAUGCACCGCCUGCCAACGGCGCAAGUCAAAAUGUGACCGUCAACAACCAUGCAGCGCCUGCGUCAAGCGCAACGACGUCGCCUCCUGUCAUUUUGAAAAGACGCCCACCAGCGGCAGCGGCAAUAAGAAGGAAUUACAGGCCAGAUUGUCCAAGCUAGAGCAGAUGGUCAAGGGAUUCGCAUCAGAUGCUCCUACAAAUCCAGCACAGAGCAGCCACAGUGGCAGUUAUGGCAUUUCUGAAGAAGGAGAUGAUCACAGAUCUUCUGAUCACACGGUUUUAAAGGGACUGAACACGGCGGACGGUGUUGAAUCUUCUUAUCAUGGGGCUACGUCUUGGGCGGCGCUUAUGAGUGGGAUCCGGGACAUCCAGACACUCCUUGCGGCAGAUGGAUCGUACGACGCGGAGGAUGAGUAUGUGGAGGAGUAUUCCGAGGAUCCAGACUUGUUGCUGGGAGGAAUUCCGUCCAUCACGAUUGAAGAAGUCAUCCAUAGUCUUCCGUCGCGGCAGGACGCAGAUAGGCUUAUAACAGCCUACUUCAACGCACGAUUCGUCGCCCUGCCGUACAUCCACGCCCACCAGUUCCGGCGACGCUACGAGGCAUUCUGGCAGAACCCGCAAUCCCUCGACUUCCUCUGGAUAAGCAUCCUCUUCUCCGUCUUUGCCUUUGGCUCGAGCGUCGUCCAAACAUCCUCGCCGACGACACUUCCCACCGUCGCCAGCGCCAAAUUCUACCUAUCCAAGUCGGCGCAAUGCCUCAUCGCGGGCCACUACCUCCGCGCAAAGCCAUACGCCGUCGAGGCCGUCAUCAUCCACGCUCACUGCCGCAACGUCCACAAGGUCGAUUCCGAUUCCACCCUGUGGUCGAUAUACGGCAUCGCCGUGCGCCUCGCCCAAAAGAGAGGAUACCACCGCGACCCGCGCGCCAUCGCCCUCCAGCUCAGUCCCUUUGAAGCCGAGAUGCGCCGCCGCGUCUGGUUCGUCAUCCAGUCGUCGGACGUGCUCUUCUCCUUUCAGCACGGAAUGCCGUCCAUCAUUGACGACGGCCUCUGCGACACCCUCCCGCCAUCCAACCUCACCGACGAGGACUUUGACGAAGAUUCCCUCGCUCUCCCUGCCCCUCGGCCACCCACGGAUCCCAUCCCCAUCCUCGCAUACGCCAACAAGGCUACUCUCGCCCGUAUCAUGCGCCGCGUCGUCCGCAAUGCCCUCUGCGUAGAGACCCAACCCUACUCUCAGGUCGUCACACUGCAAAAGGACCAUGAAAAGUGGUACGCCGCUCUGCCCCCGUGCCUCAAGAUUCGAACCAUUGCCGAAACUUCAUUCACCGACCAAAACUACACCAUCAUGCACCGUCUCAUGCUGGAAAUGAUGUAUCUCAAAAGUCUGUGUGUUCUACAUAGACCCUAUCUGAGCAAGCACAAAACGGACCCCAAAUACGACUCCUCCCGCCAAAUCUGCCGAGACUCCGCCGUCAAGAUCCUAAACCACCACGUGGAAUUCGACUUGGCGAUGCGACCUGGCGGCAGAAUGUACGACGAUAGACAUAUGGUCGCCAGCCUGACAUACCACCACUUUCUCAUGGCAGCCAUGGUUCUCUGCAUCGACCUGAGUGAGACGUCCGACUACAGCUUCGAAGACCGCUCCUCACGCAUCCAGCUCCUCCACUCCAUCCACUCCAUCUGGGCCGCCCGCGCAUCCGAGUCCAGAGACGCAAAAUACGCAUCCCAAGUCCUCCGCGCGGUCCUCAACAACGUCGACACCCCAUCCACCACCACCUCCUCCGGCGCUACACCCUCCACCUCCACCGAAACCUCCAGCGCAGCCAUAUCCGACGCGAACCCCGACUUCACGCUCCCCAUAUACGAUCCCAGCUUCUCCGCAAUGUCCAUGAACUUUGACGACUUCCCCCGCAUAGACACCCUCUUUGGCAACGGCACCGAAUCCGUAGACUGGCGCUCGCUAGACCAAUACCUCCGCAUGAACCACUCCCUCAUUGACCUCGACACCUGGGACGCCUAA